AUGGAGAAUUACCUUGCUUCCACCUCCGGCUCCACCACCACCAUCAACCACCCAUCACCGCCGACAACCCCCGUUACGAUCUCCAAUCCAAACAACCCGUACCCAACAACCUUCAUCCAAGCCGACACAACAUCCUUCAAAAAGGUAGUUCAAAUGCUAACCGGAUCAUCUGAAACAGUCAAACAAUCCACAGCCACCACCAGGACAGACUUAGCUGCGAGAAACCCUAUCCCUGACAUGAAAACGGGUCCGAACAAACAACCAUCGAAGCUGUACGAACGGCGGAGCAGUCUCAAGAACUUCAAAAUCAGUCCGUUGCCUCCUGGAUUCACAAACGGCGGAGGGUUCUCCGGAUCCCCACGGAAUCCCAACGCGCCGGAGAUUAUGUCCCCAAGUCUUCUUGGUUUUCCGUCGUUGGUGCUUAGUCCGGUCACACCUCUUCUUUCCGAUCCGUUUAACAGGUCUCCGGCGAAUGAAUGUUCCCCAAAUUUGGACGUUGAGGCUGAAGAAAAGGCGAUUGCAGAGAAAGGAUUUUACUUACAUCCGUCGCCGGCGACUACUCCGAGGAGGGAAUCGGAACCUCAGCUUUUGCCUUUGUUCCCCGUGACUUCACCAAGAUUUUCCGGCUCUUCAAGCUCUUCGUGA